CACCUACAUAAAUUUAACUCUAGUUGUGUUACUUUCGCGAGGAUACUUGGAAAACAAAAUGUCUUUCUUUUUCAAUUUUUUUAAAAGCAAGCUCGUCGCGCCGGAGCGUGUUCCAACAGACACCGUUAUACCCCUCCAUAGCUGGGAUGACACGAAGACGAAUCGAAAGCUGUGCAUAUAUUUCUCUGCGCGAUUUGACGAUGUCUUAGAUGUGGAGAAAUUGGUUGGAGCGCUAGAAAGGCUGUUAGAGAGGCCUGGGUGGAGGAAACUAGGGGCGAGGAUGAGGUUGAAUGAGCAAGAUAAACUGGAAUACCACAUUCCCAAGCGAUACACCCCCUCCCGCCCAGCCAUAAACUUCACGCACGCUUCACACUCGACAUCGAUUUCAGAUCAUCCUCUUGCAUCCCAGAUCCCACACGCGACCUCGUCCUUAUCUGUAAGCGGAAACAUCGAACGCUUCCGCGAUAUCUUGACUCCGCCUGAUCAACCAUCGAAACUCGAGGACUGGAUAUAUACUGACCGCGCACAACUCCAACUCCAUGUAGUCUCGUUCACAGACGCGACGCUGGUCACGCUGACAUGGCUGCACACGCUUCUCGAUGCUAUGGGUAGAAACCAAUUGCUUCGAGCCUGGUCAGCUAUGCUCGAAGGUCGUGAGCAAGACAUUCCUGAUUUAUACGGCUAUGACUUCGAUCCACUCGCCACGCUCGGUGCUCCAAAGUCACUUCCGGACUCGAAACUCGAAGACAACGACGCCGACGAAGAGGAAGAGCCGUUCGUGCUGGCCCACAAAAUGCUCAAAGGCUGGAAAAUGCUACUCUUCGCAUUCCGCUUUGUCUGGGACCUCACUAUGCACCGCGCAGAACACCAACGCAUGAUAUGCAUCCCCCCGUCCUUUCUCUCCAACCUGAAAACCUCUGCCAUGGCCGACCUGAAAAACAUCUCCCCACUCUCCAUCGUAAUGGACACAUCCAAUCCCUCUUUCUCCAAACCUUUCCUCAGCGACGGCGACAUCCUCGCAGCAUGGUGGCUACGAACGCUCAUUCCCUCCCAACCCUGGUCACACCGCGCCUCUCCUAGAAAAACCAUCGCCUUCAUGAACGUCUUUGGCAUGCGCAGCGUGCUCACAACCACUGCGCCGGCCCUCCUCCCUCCAGGCCCGGGAACCGCGUUCAUCAGUAACGCCGUCAUGGCCAUACACUCACACUUCACAUUCCAGGGUCUAUUAUCCAAACCCCUCGGCCUGGUCGCCGCGCAAAUCCGCACCGAUCUCGCGCAGCAGAGUACGAGAUCACAGGUGGAUGCGCAGGCGCGGUUGAUGCGAAACGGAUGGCGGGACUCCGGAUAUGCCCCUGUGUAUGGUGAGAGUGAUAUGGCUAUUGCGGUGAUUUCGAAUUGGACGAAAGGGAGGAUGUUUGAGACGGAUUUUUCAGCCGCAGUGGUGAGUGGGGGGAGGAGAGCAGGAAGUAUGAGGGGCAGACCCAGCUACGUUCAGGCUGAUGGAUGCGCGAAUGGGUUUUCCGUGAGGAACUCCGGGUGUGUGGUUGGAAGGGAUGGGGAGGGUAAUUAUUGGGUUAGUGCCAUGUUGAGGCCGAAGGUUUGGGAUGAAGUUGAGAAGGCUAUUAGAAGAAUGGCUUAGAGUUGGGAAAGAGAAUUUGUUGUUAGUGGGAGGGAAAUAGGGGAUGAGGCACAGCAAUCUGGCCGCUC